AUGGUCAUGAAGUUCCCUCUGAAGCGCUGGUCGCGGGGGUGCAAAGGUGUUUUGAAACUACAGGUGUUUUCGGCGUAAAUUUUUACCGUAGCGGCAAGCCUAUAAUCAGGAAAAAACUAUCCUUAUUUGACCUUGAAUAUAUCAUCAGGUGUGCUCCAAUGGGCGUGGAAUUGUGCGUACAGUCGAAUCAUACCCUGUAGAACGUCGUGUGGUUCGUACCCUGUUUGAUGGUGACGUUCGUGCGUU